AUGAAAUUUCCAGCAAGUAGGCUUCUGACAGACAAAUUUCCGCGGCGUGCGUAUGUGCCGUCGCGCGCUGACAGUUUAGAGAACGUUGUAGUGAAAGGACUUCAUUUUGGGCAACGCAAAUUACUCCUCUCGGAGAUUGAGUUUCUCUCGGCAUACUUGGAGUCACAGAAGAAAUCUGCCAAGCCACUGCUCGUGGUGUACGCUGGUGCGGCGAGAGGUACACAUCUUCCGUUUCUAUUUAAACUCUUUGAAAAGGUGAAAUUUGUUCUUAUUGACCCCGCCCCUUUUUGUGCGUCGGUGCAGGAGCUCGCGAAAGAUGAGAAAGGCCCUAUUUUAGAGCUGUUGGAGAAAUACUGCACGGAUGAGUUGUGCCUUAGGCUAUUGCGCUCCUACUGCUCCAAUUAUGACAUUAUUCUCAUCAGCGAUAUUCGCUCUGGCGAGCCGGUCAAUCAGUCAAACAAGGAAAAUACGUUGAUGAUUAUGCGUGACAACGAAAUGCAGCGGAGUUGGUGCUGGUCCCUUAAGGCGAAGGCGGCUCUAUUGAAGUUUCAUCCACCCUACCCUCGCUGCAAGGACACCGCAUCGCGGUAUUACGACGCGUCUGACGACACUCCUGACAGUGUUGACUACUUUGACGGAAAUCGUCUGUUUGGGGUUUGGGCUCCCAAGUCCUCCUCUGAGUUGCGCCUUUGCGUGGCAGGGCCCUUUAUUCCCGGUGCAAAAGUGUCAAUGCGAAAGUACGACUGCACUGUGCACGAGGAGCAGUGUUAUUUUUACAAUACAGAGGAUCGCUAUGCUCGGGACUGCGAGGCAGAGAAGGAAAUUUUGGAACGGUACUUGAAGUUAAAUUACGGGACGUUUUCUGGAGAUGUCGUUAGUUUGUCAAACGAGAUUAGUAAAUUUCUGAACUUCCCACUUUUUGCUCCGCUGGAGCCUUCCUUCACUGAAAACGACGCACGGUGGCUGACUCUCAUCUAUUCGACGAGGGAUCCCAAGUGCGAGGAGUGGUUUGAGCCAUUGCGUGGCCUGAUGACGCUGGAAGUCGUUCAGAAUUUGAUCAAGACGUAUCGCAAUGAAAGUUCUGUUCCGUUGAAUGUGACGGUUGGACCCACAACUCUCACAAGGGAUUUUUGGAAGGUCAUGUGCACUGGAAAUCUGGUGGAGGCCUACGGUCUUCCACGCCCUCAUUGGCGCUUUUUCUCGCAAAUUGUGUCGCGCAAGUCGAAAAGGACAUCUUUGUAG